CAAAAAUUGGGAGGGUUAGAGGAUGUUAGAGGGUGAGAGGGUUAGUGCGGAAAUUUCAAUUGUUGUGCCAGAAACAUGUUUGAAAGGCGUUUGUUAUUGGAGGUGGACCAAGCCAAUAAAGGGGGUGGGUCAAUCCUAUAAAUCCAUUAUAGAUGAAUGCUCCGGGAAAUCAGUCGUAUCUUUGGUAUUUUGGUAUCCUUGUUAUGUGGAUAUAUUGGCCGGCUUUCCCUGAAAACUAAAUCCCACGUUCAGUUUUUUGUGAAGCCCAACUCUCAACGUUUGAAGGCCUAUUGCAGCACCUUCGUUCCAGCUGUGGCUCACAGGAGCUUGUGCAUGUUUGCAGGGCAACUACGCCCUUUAUGUUCGAUGUGUUUAUCUACUAUCUGCUUCUGAAGCACUUUGGAUGCUGUGGCAUGAGGCGUUUCUUUUGCAAGAUGGAUCAAUAGCACAAGAUAAAUAAAGGUCCAAGAUAGACAGGAAGACCGUAAAAGGAAAGGAAUAUUUGAAAACAUUUAUUGAAAAAAACGCUGUUUUGCGCGUCAAUGCAUCGAACUAGUAUAUUUGCACCUAUCACCUUCCACCACCACCACCACCACUGGUGGUGCAACAAAUUGCUAUAUUUAUGUUUCUAAUCCUCCUGUCCUGCUACUUUUAGGGUUUUUACCAACUCCAAUUACUGCCGCUGUUGCUGUAAGUGGAAAUCUAAUCCCUUUUUGGCCUCUUUGAUUGAUUUUUAGUGUCGCCUCCGUGAGGUACGGGCUGGUUGAUUUAUAUUCGAGCAAUGGCAACGUGACAGCUAACUACAUUUUCCGAGGCUGGCCUAUUGAACAGCAAGAGCGCCGCAUUUGGUUUCUUUUCGGCGCUUUGUGGAGAGACUGUUGCAGUACCAAAGGAAACCGGGGGGUGGACCUCAAUGAAAUAUUGCGCCAGACCUUUGCAUCUCACAUCAGGUAAUCUGGCCAGAACGAGACUAUUGUGCCUGUGUGGAAGCAUAUGACUACUACACUACGAUGCAUUCACUGUUUGAGAACUCCUUGCACAUAGGGCGAGGAGACUUGCAUCGCCGCUUGCUCCGCAAGGGGACUGAGAUACGGCGAAUGGUGGAGGCUGCAGAACACUGCGAAGAAUGGCUGGAGAAAGACUUCCAGCGCAUUUUCUCUUCCUAUGCAAAACAUUCUGCUUGCCUUCCAGGUGCACUAAUGGAGAACAUUGUAUGCUUGCAGCGGUGGCUUUUGGCGGGAAAGGUAGUUGGCAGCCUGAACACGGCAGAAAUGAUGGUGAAGCUGCUCACUCUCAGUGACACCUGCUUGGACGAUACUCAUUGGCCAUUCACAAAGGCUGAUGUGCAGUACAACUUUGCUCGUUUGGUCUCCAACUGGCGAGAGGGGAACAUCGGUUGUCAGGCUAUGAACCGAUUUGGUGAAAGACUCGAAGAGAGCGGCUGCCCAGAGCAGCUGAGCGAUGCAGCCUUGGGCCACCUACUGUGGAAACCAUCACCGUUCCAGCAGAGUGGGGCGCAGGUCCAAUGCACCAUAGACUUGCCAGAGGCUUGCAUCCUGGAUGGCGUGAUCACGGUCCGAAGCUCUUCCGGGUUGCCAGAGAACCUGCAGACCUGUUCAGAGACAGGACGAAACAGACACCAGCUGAAACAUAGCGCAACUUUGGGUCAAUGGCUUGAUGCAGAGCUCGACAAGCAGACGGUUGGGUUUGUUCUCAAUCUACCUGAGAGCGGAGACAAUGUUUGGCACAACCUUCACUGGAUUGUCCCAGCAACUGCCCGUUUGUAUGGCAAAGCCAAAACCAGCCUGGGCGUAAGGGCUCCUCGAGAUGUCCUUUUGAUCCUGCUGUUUGAUGCUUACGAAUUCCGAGAAGAUGACCAGCAGGCAAAUCUCACCGAGGAGACUGCCGAGCUUCAUCAGGCAUUGCAGAAGCAGCACUUCGAGCAGUGGGUGGUUAGGCACGCUCCACUACUGCAGCUUCUCACAUCGUCACCCCCAGUGCUGCUUCACACACUACGGCGGCGUUGUUUUCAGCUGCUACUUUGGGGACAUUCGGAGAUGCGGGCUGACCGUGAACUACGACAUAACACUGCAUUGGGGCCAGACGAUGUGAAGACCUUUCAGACUGCUUUGACACAGCUCCACGGUCAGGAGAUGGAUGCCAUGGCCGCAAAGUUUUGGAACGGAGCUACCAGCUCCAGGUUCCCCAAACCACGAGGUGCGGUGUCAGUCCUCAUCAUUCAGCGAGCUUUUGCACAUGGUCGGGCUUUUCUAGCCUGGCCCAACCUGACAAAGGCUGUGUUGUCCCCUUUGGCGCAGGAAGGGCAUAUAGCUUGGCGAACUUUGGAUGACCUUGAGCAAAGACCACUUUUGCAACAGGCUGCCUUCUUCAGAAGUGCCGAUGUGCUGGUGGGUGCAGUGGGCGCAGCCUUGGGAUGGAUGCUGCUCAUGCUGCCCGGAAGUCAAGUUCUUGAAUGGAUCCCGCGUGGCGUCCAGCCGUGUUUGUAUCGAUGCAGCGAAGAGUGGAAUGCGGAUCAUUUGGGAAUGUUCGGAGGCUUGGGAAGGUUGUCUGGUGUGGACCAUGUUUGCUUGCGGAGUGAAGCGCAUCCGCUACAACUAUCAGAUGCAAAGAGAUUCUCAGCAACAAGGGCUACUGCAAGAGAUGCGUACUGGAGACUUGAAAACCUUCAGGUUGACUUGCAUAAGUUCUCCCGCUGGGUUACUGAAGGAGUUCGGCGAGCGGCUGAAAUCAUGCUGCUAUGGGAGGAUGGGCUGCGUGGGCUGCUUGCUGAACAUUCGUCCAUGAAUCACGUCAUUCAGUUCUGGCGCAAGUUCUUUUUGCUUCAUAGCCAGCUGCGGGUGGUUGGCAAACAAGAACUGACUCUAAGGGUGCAUGAACCCUGAUGGGAUUCAAUACUACCAAAAAAGAAGGUUUAUUUGUAGUGGAUUACAUCAUAUUCACAGGUGCACCC